AUGAGACAGCAGUCCAGGUUACGGCUCCUCCUAGCCGCCACACUCCUUACAAGCGCAACCGCGCAAUCAACCCUUCCUUCACAGAUCGGAGUCGCUGGCCCUCUCGCAACCACUGCGCCUUCUUUUCCUACCUGCGCCACCGAUUGUCUGGCCACUGCCACUGGCGGUUUACCUUGCGAAGAAUCUGACUCGAGGUGUCUAUGUUCCCACCAAGAAGACGUUCGCAAUUCCGUUACAGGCUGCUUAGUCGCCUCCAACGCCUGUACUCCGGAAGAUACAUCUAAGGCUACCUCAUACUACGAAGAUGUUUGCCGGGCUCUAGGUCUCGACAAGAAUGGUGAACCUUCGCUGGCGAUAAGCUCUGGAGCCAUUGCUACAGCGCCUGGCGUAAUCCCGACAGCCUCCUCCUCAUCCUCCAGUUCCACUGCUUCUCCAUCUGCCGCCACCACGGCUUCUUCGGCAUCCAAUCAAGGUGACGAUGCAGACAAACAAGAAGACAAUGAUGAUGCCGGUCUGUCUGUUGCCACUGUCGCCGGCAUCGCCGCUGGCUGCGCAUUUAUCGUUGUUGCAAUCAUUACUGGCCUCAUUUGGAUAUAUGUCAAGCGGCGUGAUGCGGACGAGGAAAUGGCAAAGGAGGUCGAGUCUCAGUCCAAGAAUCUUGGCUAUGACGGGGCAUCAAGCUCUUUCAAAUCCUUCUCGAAAACGGACGAGAAGGAGAGCGAAUACGUCCUAGCGGCUAUCCCACCCAAGUCCAGCGAGCGGUCCCAAGCCCCUUCGAAGGGACGCGAGAGCAAACCAACCAUUGCCGAACGUCGUCAGAGAGACAACAUGCCACAUAAGCGGAGCCCAUCCGAGGCCUUGCAGACAUCGACCUAUCCAUUCCCAUUUGGAGACAAAAUACGAGCUGAAGCCAGCGUUACUUCCCUGACCCUACCAUCCUCAGCCAGCAAGCCCGUCUCCGCCGUCAUCGUUCAGAAAUCUCCGACGAGAUCGCAAUAUUCCGAUGCAGCUAGCAUCUAUAGCGUAUCUUCCAUCCACAGCGAAGAGGCUGAGGUGGUGCAAGCAAGUGAAGCAAGGCGGAGCCGACCUACCACCUUCUACAAUCUUUACAGUGGUGGUAACGACGGUCUGUCAUCAACCAAUCUCACUGAGCAACAUGCAGUGGGCAGGGGUAUGGGUAGCUUAAGAAAGAACAAAUUCGAUCUGCAGGUCUCCACACCACCACCUGCCUUCCCGGUCUCAACUUCGCAACCAAGUCCGAAUCCAUUCACCACACCGCCUAAUCAGGGAGUCAAAUCGAACCCCUUCGCUACGCCCGGAAUCGAAGAGAGCAGGAACCCCUUCGAUUCUCCUCCGGACACGAUGUCACCACAACGGCGGCAGAACCCCGUUUCCGACUCGGGGAGAUCAGCCAUCUUGAGCGGUAGCAGCUUCGGCAAAUUCGACUUCGAGAUCGCGGAGGAAAACCAGCGCUCUGGCAGGGGCAAGAGCAAGUCUUUGAGGGACAGCUUUCUCAACACACUUGACCUUGGUCUUGGCAAAUCGACGAAUCCGCAGAAUCAUCGAGCGCCUUGA